AUGGAGAUAUUAGCUAAUGUUUUACAACAAGUAGCUCUUAGUUGCUGUGGUGAGCAACUUGUCUCUAUCACCGAGAACGUAUCUGACAGAAAAGGUUGCUCCUCACUACUACAUCUACGCUGCUCUUCAUGUGGGUGGCAACAUUCUUUCUAUACACUUCGAAAAAAAUUUAAAAUUAUCAUGAACUAAACAGGAGAAUUGUUUAUAGAAUGAAUGCUAUUAUAUUAGGAAAGGAGCAGAAUCUGAAAAGAAAUUUUGUGGCUUAAUGGCCAUACCUCCACCACACAAGCCUAAAGCCUAGCAACAAAGCGAACUGCAUACAAAUGAGCCAAAACAGGUCCUGGUCUCCCGUGACCGAUGAUCAGGGAGGUCAAAUCAAUCUUUGUCAGGUUAAGUAAUGAUAGAUUGCUUGAUAAAUGUUUUUAUGGGAAGACUCAAAACCAGAAUGAGUCUCUAAAAUGCGUCAUUCGGUAUAAUCUUCCAAAAAGUGUGUUUGUUGGAAUUAGUGACACACUGCAUCUUGCAAUUGAUGUAUAUAAUGUUGUGGCGAAUUUCAAUAUUGGCUGCUAAGUAUCAUUAAAUAUUUUAAAAGAGCAGGAAUGAAGCCAGGGAAGUUAUGUACAAAAGAGAUUGGGAACCGAUUGAAUCAAGCCCAUUUAAUUAACUAAAACGGUGGAUAAGUCAAAAUUAAAUAACACUCUCAUAUCUCUCGUUAAUCAGUCAAUUUGAAUAUUGUGCACUGAAUAUGUGGUUGUGAACAUUAUCGUUUUAUUAAGGUUUAAAACUUUUAGUUUGGUUGUUGUAUCUUAUAUAGACUUGCUUAACUACCAUUUGGACCGGCUGUAUAUCAAUCACGUUUAGCUUUAGAUGUAGAGAUCUUGUUAGAGUGAAGAAAGCUAACUACAAAGUAAAGGACAAGAUUAAAGUACGCAGGUUAAAGUACGCAUAAACGUUACGCAACUGCCGUUGCUACGGCAACAAUGACGUUUCAAGAUGGCUGAUAUUAUAGCUUUAAAGUAAUUUAACUCGCAAACGACAUCGGUGACCACCAAAUUUUAUUUUAAUGAAUGAUUUCUCUUUGUAUAAUCAAUUAUUUUGACAAUUUAAAAAAAAAUGUGUAGCCGAAAUUUUUUAAAUUCAAGAUUUUUUUUAAAUUGUCAAAAUAAUUCAUUAUACUAAGAGAAAUUAUUUUUUUGAAAUAAAAUUUGAGGGUCACCGAUGUCGUUUACGAGUUAAAUUACUUUAAAUCCAAAAUAUACGCCAUCUUGAAACGUCAUUGUUGUCAUAGCAACGGCAGUUGCGUAACUUAUGUGCAAAAAUACAAACUCUUUCGAUGUUGUUUUAUAUAAGGCGGAUACUCUUUGUUUAUCAACAUGUAAUAGUUGUGCAAAAAUAAGUAUCUAAAUCGUGAAUUUUCCAUUUUUAACAAACUGUAUUGAGCUACCUUAAAUCUCCGUUUCGAAAACGGGGUUUCAUUUGAGAAUUGCAUUUAUAUGAAACGAUAAAGUUUGCUUAUCAUAUCGAUAUCAAUUUCAUUUUGCUUCAACUCGUCAUUGACCGUCUCCCCACCAAGGUUAAAAGAUAAACGAAAUGCACAUGCUAGUCAUCUCAAUAAUAUGGGUCGCCUAAUGACUAAACGACACGCAGCAACAAAAAACACAUUUAUUGUCACACAUAAAUACAGCUGAAAGAUGUCGAUUUGAUUAAGUUCACUUGUUAAAGCGCUAACAUAUCAUCAAGUGAUAAUUAUUUUGUUCUAUGUCCAUGUUUUUUAAAAUUAAGAUAUUGGACUGUUAAACUUCAUAUUUGUAUAUAUUUAUGUCUAACAUACACUUGGACACUUGGUCAUAGAACAAAAUAAUUAUCACUUGACGAUAUUUAAGAAAAGUAUAUUUGGCGUAUGUUUCUUUAGUAUUAGAUUUAGUAGCUACUAUGAAAUGUCUCUCCUAUUCCUUCAAUCUUGAACUGGUAUUGUUGUGAAUUACUGAAUAGCACAAUGCCAGGAUUGAGGACACGUGGUUCUUCCUUGUUCCAUCAGAAAAACCCACAAGUGUUUUGUUUGGGCAGCAGUACAACAGCCGGCUUAGGUUAGGCCCCUCUUUCUUGACUUUUUAUUCAUAGCACGCCAUUCCAUGUUGGCACACAGGUUUUGGCCGUUCAAAAACGUCUCCCUUAGCCAAAAUUUUACGGAUGUUCUCGUUCAUAGUGUACAAAGAAUAGGCGCUCGUACGUUUGCUUCAUCUUGCUUUAACUGUACGUGACUAUGCCGGUCUUUGAUGGACAAACUUGGGAUGUUAAGGGAAAGUCUUUCAAAAGUCUUCUACGGCUAUCGUGAAGAUAUAGCAAUCUUUAUCUCGGCAAAAGAAUUUGCAGCUAGGUUUUGUGCACAGAACCAAAAUGUAUCACGUUUUGUAGUCGAACAGGACGCAGGUUUAGGCCUACUCUGGGGCGGUAAAUCGCCUUAAAUCGCCGUGAUAUAAUGCGAUUUUGGGCGAUUUUAGGCAAUUUAAGGAAAAACUGGGACUUUCAAGCACUGCUAUUUAAUGCGAUUUAAGAGAAAAUUCUAAAUUUAAGGGAUUGCACUUUAGGUGUUUUCAAGGUAAUUGAAUUUUAUAUUUUGCUCCGGUUUCCUCCCACAGGGCAAAAUUGGCAGGGUGAGUUAGGAUAAACACAGUUAGAAAAGUAAUAUCAUAUUCUCAUUGUUGUAAAGAUAAAUAGUCUAGUCUAACAUAAGUAAUCCUAAUACUUGAUGUAAUUGGUCACUGAAAAGCCCCAAAGGGGAGUGAGCUGAAUAAUAAUGUAAUGUUUCCACACACAUAUGCAUUGUAUGAAGCAAAAUACAAUUAUUAGAACAUGUAUGCACAUUUUAUAUAAAGCUAGGUUAAUAAUUAUUGUAUUUAACCCGAAUCAUAUAUAAAGCUCAAUAUUCAUGAACUUUUCAUCCAUUGUCUAUUUAGAAGCCAUUGGAGUUCAUCCUGUGGGGUCAUUUGGUCAUUCAUGGCUACAUUAUAUACCAUAAAUAUUGUAAACAGUUGAUAAAUAUACUCUACUUAAGAGGCAUGUACGGUACAUAAUUGCAAUAUGCCAACCUAUAACUAAACUACACAUGUCUCAAACUUUAAUAUUAUUAAUUGCAAAAGAACCACAGCCCACAGGGAGUAGAAACGCACAAUGUAUUUAUACAGUUACAAUAAGCUUUAAUCCUAUAAAUUACCUUGUCACCCUUGUAAGUGAAAUUGUCUUGUUUUGUAUCUUGCCAACACUUCUUUAUUUAGCUUGCAUUUUAUUUAAUUAAACUGUUUCAACAAACAUGUUUUAUAAAAUUAUGUUUGAUAUCUAUGUCCAGAAACAGUAUCGUCACGCAUUCGGAAACUGUCGGCGUAAUGCCGUAAAGUUUAAUUUACAUGAAGUAUAUCGCAUAUAAAUGGUAGGAAUUCUAAAUUAUUUUUAAAAAUUACUAAACAUAAUGAUAUUAACUAGAAGUUACUAUCGCAAGGAAAAUGCUGCCUCACCCCCAAAGGACCAAAGGCAUCAUGCACAAUUUGCUGAAUAAUUAAGGGCUGUUUAGAUGAUCCCGCUUUGCCAUUACUCUCAUGAUGUUUUUAUAUCAUUAUAUCAAACUAAAACCACCCCAAAAUACAUAAAGAAUACAUAAUGGGAACUAAGUAAGUUAUACUUUAUAAUUUAAAGUUAAUUUGUAAUGCAAAAUAUAAUAAAAUUAAAAAAUAAAUAAAUACCCACACACAGCCUGGCCACCUGUGGUUUUAUAUGAAUACCUUCAAUGCUUAUAACUUCUUGCUUUUGUUAUGUAUAAUUAUAAUGCUGUCAGUGGUGAAGCUAGCCAUAGCAACAAGUCAUGCUAUGCAAGUUUUUAAAUUAAUGAUUUGUAUCGUUCAAAUAGAUGCAAGAUUAUCAGCAUAGGCAUAGCACAAAGCAUGACGAGUUGCGAUGACUAGCUUGCCACUGAGUACUGUACAAUAUAUAUUUAUAUAGAGAAUAAUACAUGGGUGCGCGGAACACAAGAAAUAAACCUGGUAUUUCCAAGCAUCCAUGCAUUUUUAUGUUUACUAUAUAAAGGACAGUUUUUGAAAAGUGAUAUAAUUUUUUUCAGAAAAGCGAUAAUUGAAAAGACUCAUUUUCACAUGUGAGAUUAUCAUAAAUAAUCUCACAUGUGAGAUUAUCAGUUUUAUCAGUGCUCGAAAUCUCUAUAAAGCACUAUACUUUAUAUAAUAAAUAUACAUCAACAAUAAUAAUACUUGAAUAAAUCAUUGGACAUGUAAAAUUUAAUAACAAUUUCAUAUAUAGAAAUACUAUAAUACAAAACUACCCCUAUCACAGAACAACUGUCAUUUUUGUUUAAUUUAAUACAUCAGCUUCAGAUGACACCAUUCCUUUGUAACAAUUAAGAUUGUACUCAGUCAGAACUUCAAAACUAUAUAAUAAGAAAGACAUUGUGAGCAUUAUCAAAAAAAUAUAGCAUACCCUGAGAUGCAGUGACACAGCCAGGUGAAUAUAUGAAUGUAUUAUGUAGGCCGGUGGGAAUAUUCCUUAAUUAUUAUGCUGACAAUGGACAUAUCUCAGAGAUAUAUUUUUACAAACCGUCAUACCUUGUACAAAAGUCGGUUGACAUGCUAUUAUAUGUAACUGCCGGUAAGUUAAUAUGUGCAGACAACCAUGGAUGGAUUUACUGGGGGGUUAGUACUGCGUAUAACACCCCAAGGUGUUAUAAAGUGUUCAGCCCCACCAAAAUUUCACUUCACUCCUCCUACUUUCAGGGCCAUGGGAACCGGUGGGGCUGUGGGGCUGCAAGCCCCCAAUAAUUUGCUAGUUAUAAUCAUUCAUUUUUCAAAAUCAUGCAGACCUUUAUCAUUUAAUCCAUGACAAACUGCAAAGAAUGAAGAUAGAUAUCACCCAUACUUUCCUGCAACCUAUUCAAUAUAUAGUUAAUUAAAUAUGGCUUCGCCCAUUUAGUACUACUGAAUUGUAAAUUUCUACAUACUAAAAAGUUGUUUUCUGACCAUCAGAAUUCUGUCAAAUCUUCCCAAAGUCCAGGAAAUGGCAUUUUAGAGACUCUAAAUUUAAAAAUUUCGUCGGGUCUUCGGCCCUCACUUUCAGCCCCCCAACCCAAUCGAAAAGAGCUUGCGCCCUUGCAGACAACAAUUAAUCACACUGGAUUGCUAUAAGGAUAUCUUUAUAAUAUUAAGCCUGAUUAUUAUAAGCCCUGCUACACAACAUUCCACGUUUUUUUUUAAAACGUGCUGAAGAAUAUUGCUAUAAACAUGUAGAAUAAACACUAUAAACGCAUCGCCUUUGGAAAUCACCACACAAACAAAUAAACUAAAAGUAGAUUUUGACCACUUGUAUAUUAACUAUAAAGACGAUCACUGAGUGCAGGGUAAAUUCUGAAAUUCAUGAUAAAUUCAUGCUGAAUCUAAAUUCAUGAAAUCGCUGUGUUCUAAAUAUAUUAAAAAAUGCCUUCAUGUAUCCAUAUUACCAAAAAGAAAUAAAGCUAUCCUUACCUGAAUUAUUGAAAAUAUUGUCCAUGUUUUGCAUCGUGAAAAUAAGCUUGUAUUACUGUCCUUGAGAAGAGCUUGAAUACUUUAUAGUUGAUCCGUGUGCAAUACAAAGUAAAGUUUGACCGCCCCCUUCUUUUAAAAAAACUUCCUGAAGCCUUAAUUAUAUCCUCGGAAUUACGACACUUCCUGAAGCCUUAAUUAUAUCCUCGGAAUUACGACAUCUUCACAGACAGACAGACAGACAGACAGACAGACAGACAGACAGACAGACAGACAGACAGACAGACAGACAGACAGACAGACAGACAGACAGACAGACAGACAGACAGACAGACAGACAGACAGACAGACAGACAGACAGACAGACAGACCGACAGACAGACAGACAGACAGACAGACAGACAGACAGACAGACAGACAGACAGACAGACAGACAGACAGACAGACAGACAGACAGACAGACAGACAGACAGACAGACAGACAGACAGACAGACAGACAAAAAAUCGAGAUCUCGACAAUACAUAGCUCGGUCAAAGAGACUGGACACAAGUAAACGCGAAACUUCAUGUUAAGAAUAGUGUGCUGCCUUCGGCAGCAAUUAAACAAAUGGCACACCGCGCACUACAUCGUGGUGCAAACAAACAACAACAAAGAUUGUAUGGUAUGUACGAUGUAAUCAUUGUUUUACUGUUAAUUUUAUAUACAGGUCUGGAAAAUUUAAUAGAUGAGAGUUGCAAAACUUGCAAAUCUCGCUCAUAACCUCACGUGUGUUUUUCGUUUGAUAGCCAAUAUAAUUAUAACUAGGAGCUAGAGUAUAACCAUGCACAUGUCGAAGUACAACCAUUGUAUACAAUGCAGUGCUCGAUCUACAUGCAACAGUGCACAAAUUGCAGGAUGACCUUAUUAUAUACUCGUACUCAUUGACUCUCAUUAUCAUAGUCUCCUACUGUUGUACUAACAGAAAUUAGGCUUUGAGAAGCCAUGUAUAUUAUAGAUUAAUUUGUAGCCCAGCCCCCAUAGUCCAUAUAAAUUGUAGCCCAGCCUCCGCAUUUUACACCAAUAAUGAAAUUAACUAGUAACUCAAUUUUGUUGCUGGUAGUGUAAUGGCAUCUAUGGGUCUUUCAUAUCCCAGAAUUGCCUAAUUAUUGUAAUGUUUGCAUAACGCAGAAAAAGGCUCUGUUUUUGUUUAUGACUGGAGCCUAUUGAGUGACUAAAUAUUGUCAGCCUAAUCCACUUAUUUGAUUUAUCCAUGUUGCAUUACUUUUGAUUGCAAAACAUCUGGAUUACAUGAUUUGCCAGCAAAAUAGCAGCAAUUGUUAAGCUUGUGUACAUAGACUGAAUAUAUCAAACAGAAUGCAUGUUGGCGAGUUAAUGCGAUUUUAAGCGAUUCUAGGCGAUUUAGGAGAAAUUUGACAGUUUUAACCCGGGAUUUAAUGCGAUUUUGGGCGAUUUAAGGCGAUUUACCGCCCCAGAGUAGGCCUAGGUUUUGCGUCUAGACGCUCUAUAUCAUAUUACUUUGGCCGCGAAAUAACGCUCAAACAUACGAAUGUGUCGAAUUUUAUAAGGACGCUUAGGCUAUUGUGAUAAUAAGAGUCAGGAUUAACUGUUUUUUUUAUGAAAAUGCUGAACUCAUCUUAAUGACUGUUUCGCCCAAACCUGCUCAAACUCGCCUUGCAUAUCAUUAUGCAUUAGCAUUUAUUAUGUUGCCCACUUGCUCACUUUAAAUAUUUAAUAGCUCACUCUUCCUCAUGUUAUGUUAAUUAUAAUGCGCCGCCUCAAAAAUCCGGGUCCAACCUACCUAUAUUACUACUAUUUACUGCCACACUGACGGUAUAUGAUAUCUUUAAAAACUUCCAACCGUAUAUUAUUUUUAACUCGUGACUAAAUUAAAUUAUAUAUGCUAAUUAACUUAAAUUCUGCCAAUGAUAUCAACGAUCUGUGUUCCAAUUAGCAUAAAUUAUAUAUUUUUUAUUUUCAAUCAUCAAGUUUCUCGCUCUCUAAAUUAACGAGUCCAUACGGCAAAACCGUAGGUCUCGUGCAAGCUCUCCUAUACGCUUCUUAAAUUAGUAAAACAAUAACAUAAAUUAAAACGGCUUAUUAAUUUAAUUAAACUAAUUUGAAUACAGUGAAUUUAACUUGGAUUUUAAACGAUUUCCUGUUUACCUAUGUGGUAUUCGGAAAUAAAGAAAAAAAGCUUUAUAAGUUACUGCACGACCGCAAGCAAGAAAUUUGAGACCGAAAUCGUGCAGGGCAAUCCACCUUUGCGCGUGUUAAAUCGACAAAUAUUCAAAUGGCAAGGAGAUCUUCUUUAGCACAUCGCAAAAUCAAAUGGGGGUUAAAAGAGGAUAACAGAACAUCAGUACCGUUUUUAUCUUUGUAAUUGCAAAAUGUUCAAGGAAAGGACAGAAAUUUGAUAUAGUUGCCCAUCGUCUGGCAGUCAGCGACGUGCCUCAGUCUUGAUAAGGACGACGAAUGAGCAACGUCUGAUGGGGUCCAGGCCCAGUGACGGAUGGAUGAACAUUGGGGUGGGAGUAUUACUGAUCAAACAUGACAUAUUUCAGUCGCUAAUUAAUCAUUUUUCCCAAAAAUAUUGUUGGCGAGCGGGAGGGGGUUAAACAUUUUCGGACAUACCAUUUUUCAGUAACUUUUGAUUUAAUGUACGGGUUAACCGUAAUUUGUUACAUUUUUCGGUAAUAUUUCCGUAAAUGUAGAUUUUUAAAAUAUAAAUUGUAAUAUCUUAAUAUUGAUUUUCAAAAUCGAAAUCUAUAUUUUUUAUCUUUCCUAAUGUUUUAGGGCCUGUUUAUAUGAUCCCGCCUAGACGGGUCGGGACGUUUUUAUCCCGCCUAGACGGGAUACUCGCCUAGUGUUUAUAUGGACAAAAUACAUUGCCGGGAUGAAGCCAUUUAAGUGCUUGACGUCAUAUUUUGUUGCAAUAAAGGCAUUUACGCAUGCUCAAAAGGGAAAAAUUCAUCCCGCCUCGAAAUUUUUCGUCCCGGCUAGGCGGGAUAAAGUGUUUAUAUGGGAAUUUUUCAUCUCACUUAGGCGGGAUCCCGGCAUCUGUUGCCGAGAUCCCGUCUCGACGGGAUAAAUGGCGGGAUAUAUAAACACUCUAUAGAAUUUGUAUUAUGAGCGGGAUCUCGGUAAGCAUCCCGUCCCGCCCGGCCGGGAUCAUAUAAACAGGCCCUUAAUGUCAGGGGCCCAUGAUGGCAGGGGCGCACAACAAAACAAGCGUCGGUUCGUCCCUAGCCAGAAAGUCCUGCUGGCAGUAACCUGUCCAGAUUUUUAGCUUGCCAAGAUUUUUUUCUUGGCUGUGUGUGUUCUAAUCUUAUUAUCAAUGUUGACUGAAUGAUUUCAUCUGAGUACGUUAGUUGCAAUAAGUACAGGGUAAUUAAAAUAAAACGCGAAAUUUUUUGCCAAUAUGACCGGACAUAUAAUCAUUCACUGGAUGACAUUCGCAAUAUCUUAAAUUACUUGCGUUACCAAAUAAUUAUCGGAUUUGCUCUUUCUUUUAUGAUUUUCUCCACGUUCGCGCGCGUGUAUAUAUUUUUACUAGCUGGAGACAAAAGUUGUCCGAAAAUAUCUGCAAAUUUGCUUACGUUGAUCCCAUUACUUAUCGCAGAAAAGGCAGAUUGUUAUAAUCCGUGCAAAACAAUAGUAAACUAGAAAUACAUGCAAGCAGAAACCCCUUUGACUUGCUUGCAAAACCAUUAGCUAUAUUUUCGGGAACAUGAAGUAUUUAAAGUGGUUGUCAUGGUAACACGAUACUUUUAUUAAGGUGGCUUGCUACACUUACUAAAAAUUAAAGAUUUUCUAAUUUGGAUAUGAAUUUCUGGGCACUUAUUACUUGUUUAAAUUAAUAACAAAGAGUAUCUGACUGGUGUUACUCAAUAACUAAAGACUUUCUGUUUAAUAACAAAGAGUAUCUGAUUGGUGUUACUCAAAAACUACUCCUAACAGCCGUUGCUUUGGCAACAAUGACGUCAGAACAUGGCGGAUAUUUUAUGUUUAAAGUAAUUUAACUCUAAAACAAGGUCAGUUACCCCUUAUUAUGCGCAAAAUUAAUGAAAUUAUAAAAGCAAACAAUACAUUAAUAUUUAAAACAAACUUACCUUCAUUGGGUUUUAUAAUUUCCAACAAUCUAUUGCUCCAUUGUUAUAAACAAAUAAAUUAUUUGGUUGGACGUCUCAUUAACGAUAUUAUGAUAUUUCGGGUUCCUGAAUAAAGUUUUUCAGUCUCUUGUUGCAAGUGUCACCGUCGGUGUCCUUGCUCGCUUCUUUUAGUAAGUCUUUCGGCUUUUCCCCGUCUUCUUGCUAGUUUUCGGCUGGUUCCUUCUUUAAUAUUUUAUUUGUUUAAUUAAUUAAUAUUUUUUAAUUUUCUUAAAAGAAACCGUAUAAAGGACUCAACACCCGGUAUAUAGGCUAUACCACUAUCUUUUUAAAUCAAAUGCAUUAAGGUUCAAUUGUCUUUCAUUCUUCUCUUUCCAAGGUUGGUCGAACUACUUCAUGCAGUCCUGGUUGUCUUGUCAACCCAUGUCAAAAUGGCGGAAGUCACGAGUCAUUGUUCCCCACAGAUUACACAAAACGUCGCUUUAAAUGCAACUGUCCAAUGGGUUAUGGAGGAAAUCUCUGUCAAGAUGUGGUUAAAUCCUGUCGUGGUUACAUCAAUGGUAAGCGAGUUCCAGGAUUAUACAUGGUCUUUGAUGAUAACAUGAAUCCCUUUGAUGUUUUCUGUGAAUUUGAUUUGAAUUCAACGAUGACAUGGACACUGAUUCAGUCAUAUGAACUACGAAAGAAAGGUUUAUUUUUUCGCAAGGUCUUAAAUUUGAGUUUCUCUGUUGAUGAAAAUACCCCUCGUUGGGAUGCAUAUCGUCUUUCAAAACCCAGAAUGCAAUCCAUCCAAAAAGAUUCCAGUAAAUUUC